AAGUGCGCGCCGUGUGCUCGGAAAAUCCUGACAAUAAGUUUCUGCUAAAACAGCUGAACAAUAAAAAAGAAGCCUUUUAGAAUCUUUUUUCAAAUACAUUUUAUUAGAAUAUGACAAAAGGUGUCAAAAUAUACUAAAAAGCUUUGCCUUUUGUGAAUAAAGAAAUUAUUAAAAUGUUUAAUUCAUUUGAAUUAAUUUCAGAACGAUGUGAAUGUCAAAAAGUUCCUAACUUUUAUAACUGAAUCUGAAAAAAACUUUUUUCCAUGAAACAGUGUGGUAUGUAAAUGAGGACAUGCCCCCUGACUUCUAAGCAAGUAUAAAAGCUAAACAUAAGCUGUUGAAUCUGAAGCCUGACAGAUCUUGAACAGUGUGGUGAGCUGUGAGCCUGAGCAAGAUGCAGAGCACCAUGGUUCCACUGAACUCUCUUCCGGGUGAUGGAAGAGGAACAGGAACGGUCAUAGUGGGAAUCCCAGAGCCUCCACCUGAUUAUGUAGUGUGGUCCAUUGCCAGCAUAUUCUAUGGAAACCCGUGCUGUCUGGGACUGAUCGCCUAUUAUUUCUCCAUGAAGGCCAGAGAUCGGAAGUUGCUGGGAGACAUCGCUGGGGCACAGACAUAUGCUUCCAAGGCAUAUCGCUUCAAUAGCAUUGCAUUGACUUUUAUUAUUCUUGCAAUGGUCCUUUCUGUGGUGAUGAUUAUAAUGUAUGUCAAUUUAAUAUUUCAAAUGACUAAACCAGGCAGAUAUUAAUAACCCUGUUUCAUUGGAUAAAAAAAAAUAAAUAAAAAAAACAUAGCAAGCAACAUUGUGUCAUUAAAAUGAUGUGCUGGUGAUGUGAUGGUUUUUUGAAUGAUAACUUUGUGGUAUGUGGUAAUAAAAUAUUCUAAUUGAA